AUGAGCACCGCCAAUAAAGAAGCAUCUCCCUUUGUGGAGCUUCGCCGUCUUAACUUUGCGUUCGCCAAAGUUACUAUCGGUGGCCAACUCAUCAAUCGCUUGCAGCAUGACCCCGCUACUGCUGACGCCAUGGAAGACGACGAUCGAGUCCUGCGUGACGUGAAUCUAACGCUGCAGUCUGGUCAGCGCCUGUUGGUCGUGGGUGGUAAUGGAGCUGGCAAAAGCACGCUACUCAGUAUCUUGGCUGGCAAGCACCUGACGGCUGACGACACGGCGCUGAUCUUCGGUCGAGACAGCUUCCGUGACACGACACUCAACGCUUUAAGGACUUUCGUUAGUGCCGACUGGGGGCAGCGCUCGGUGGCGUUCGCAACGCACGCAAUGGCUUACUCGGCUGACAUGGCGGUGGAAGAAAUGAUGACGAAACUGCAGAGUGAACACCCGGAGCGACGCCAAAAGUUACUGAAGGUGUUGCGUAUUGACCCAAAGUGGCGUUUACAUCGCCUGUCGGACGGUCAACGUCGCCGCGUUCAGCUCUUUCUGGCGCUACUGAGACCUUCGCAGCUCAUCGUACUGGACGAAGUGCUGGGAAUGCUCGACAUCAUCUCGCGCGAAAACGUACUGGCAUUCCUAAAGGAGGAAACAGAGACUCGACAAGCCACGGUGUUGCUAGCCACGCACAUCUUCGAUGGGACGGACGUCUGGGCAUCUCAUGUGCUGUAUAUUCGUCGCGGUACUGUUGGGUUCUAUGGUCCGAUUCAGCAGUGUACUGAUGGAGGGAAGAUCCCGAUGUAUAAGGUGGUGGAACACUGGCUACGUGAGGAAUUGGCCGACGACGACCGUGUGGAAUGCGAGGCGGUGGGCCCAAGUGGUGAGUUCGACCUGGGCAACGCGCAGAACCGCGCAGGAGGGUAUGCCGACGGUCGACUGGGUGGUGUCGAUGUCACCACAUCGUUUUAA